CAUCCUCCAGCCGGGUAGCAGAGUCUCAGUUCAGGCAGCCGCAGCGCUGUCUGCCUCCCCAUCAACACCACCACGCGUCCGCAUCCCAUUUUGGACUAGACACCCCGUGCUGUGAGGCCGUGACACUGUCUACGAGCAGUGGGUGUGUGACUGUGCGCGCGCGCGCAUGUGUGUGUGUGUCAAUCGUGGGGCAAAUAAAACCCAGAAGCUUGCGGCAAUAAAAAGGCAGCAUCCUCGGUCUUCCUCCCCACAACGCGAACACGGGAGCGCAGCAGAGACGUGAGAGAAGGGGGCACAGAAGGUGGCAUGGAGGAGAGGUGUGUGCGUGUUUCUUCGCGGAGGCAGGGCUGUGGGAUGUGGUGUCUGACGGACGCGGGGAGAUGCUCUGAGCUCUGGUAUUAGCAGGCAGCUGCGCACCGAGCUACUCUCUCCCCUCCCUCCCUGCCCUCCCCAGCAUCGCUGGUCUCCUCGCACCGACCAUUCGCUGAAACCGGGGAAUCGGUUCCACACGGCUCGCUGUGCUCACUACCGCUGGCGUCCUGCACAGGGAUUUGACACAACCAGAGAGAUGAUCCUUUUCUGGAGGAAGACCACUGGAUUUAAAAGUAUUAGUGCAUCUCUGAGUGGACUGUGGUUUUAGUGAUUGUGAGCUGGGCUCUCACUGUCAAGCACAGGUUGAUUGUGCUUGGCUCACCACCGCUGUAUAAAAAACAGUCCACAGGAUUGCCAUCCAUGGUUUCUGCCCUAAUCAAGACUAUAUCAUCCUACAUUGAAAAGAUUUGCAAAGGAAUGUUUACAAAGAAAUUGGCAAACCCAAUAAAGAAGAAAGAGAGAAGCGAAAAUAAAGAGCCUAAAUUGACCACUGAUUUGCAAGCACACAAUCUAACCCUCUCUACUACACUGAAGACUACAGUGAAAAAGAUAUCCAAAUGCUCUUCGGCACGUAACAUAUCGCUUGAAGAAGACGACGGAAAGAACGACUGCUCAUCCCUGUCACCCACUUUCAGUUAUCGUGUAGCUAUAGCAAAUGGAAUCCCAAAAAACUCUCUUUUUUUGAAUAAUAAUGAAAGCAUCUUUCCUGAGGUUCUUUCGAUUGAUAGUAGUUACUCUGACUCUUUGAGUGAGACAAAACCUAUCCGGAGACUGGAUGAGCAUAAAUCACACACUAUGCCUGUAAGACGAAACAGGAAGAGCCUCAUUAGUUUGGCUCCCUCUGAUGGCAGUUCUGAGGGUGAACGAGUGGAGCGCUCCAGUCUACACACACUUAGACUGGGUGCCCUCCGCAAGUUAAGAAAAUGGAAAAAGAGUCAGGAAUGUGUCUCCUCAGACUCUGAGGUGAGCAACUGGAGGAAAACCCUGGGCAUCCGGAGCAAAUCCUUGGACCGUGCUGGACGGCAGCAAAAGAGUUCAACACUGGAGCCUGGUUCCUCCUCCACAGGUUGCAUUAGUCAGACCCAGGAUGUUAUGGAGAUGAUCUUUAAAGAGCUUCAAGGGAUCAGCCAGAUAGAGACAGAACUGUCUGAGCUACGUGGCCAUGUCAAUGCCCUAAAAAGCUCCAUUGAUGAGAUCUCCAGUAGUGUGGAAGUAGUUCAGAGUGAGAUUGAGCAGCUUCGCUCAGGAUUUGUCCAGUCUAGAAGGGAAACACGUGAUAUCCAUGACUACAUAAAACAAAUUAGCCACCAGGCCAAUAAUUCAACCUUGCGGUUCCUCAAUGUUCCUGAAGAAAGGGCAGAGAAAACAGAGAGUGUAAUAUAUAAAAUACUAAAAGACAAAAUGGGUUUCAUCGAUGCCCAUAAAACAAUAAAAAUUGAGCUUGCUCAUAGGUUAGGGCAACAAAGAGAAUGUUCUAAUGCAAAACCUCGCCCUAUUAUUGUCAUUUUUGCAACCACCCAAGAUAGGGAUUUAGUCUUGAAAAAAUGCUAUAAACUUAAAGGAACAGGCAUUACAGUCUCUACUGAUAGCUUAACUCAUGAUGGAAAGGAGAGAAAAGACAAAACAAUGUCUUCCUCACAAACCUAUGAAAGCAUGGAUUUAAAGGUCUCAGGAAAGGAUAAAGUAGUGGAGAGUGAUGACUGGGACUCAAUGGACAGUGAUAAAGAAUUGGAUGAAUUAAGCAGAAAUAAAUAUGCAAUGGUGAUUUCAAAGCCUGUUCACAAGAGUAAAUCAGAGAAGAGGCGAUCUCAUGACCAUAGCCGGUCAGGAGAAGAAGCAGGCUACUCAGGCGCAGUUCACUAUGCUGAUGACUCUUACUAUGACCCAGACAAGCAUGCCAAGGCUUACUACUCUGAUUUGACCCCUGGUUGGCUUUCCCAGAGUGACUAUUCCACCCCUAAACUCAGCCGCUCUGAGUCUGACUGCUCAAAACUUUGCCAGUCAUACUCAGAAGACUUUUCAGAGAGCCAGUACUUUACACGGGCUAAUGGCUGCUCCCUGCUGUCCUCCUCAGAUCAGGAGCUGUGGCAGAGAAAACAAGAAGACAUGGCCUCCUCCUGGUAUGCUAGCCCCAGUCACCCACUCAGCAGUGAAAAUCAAACCUUUGAACACAAUGAGGUUGAGACAACAGAAACUAUUGACAGUGGGGUGAGCAAUGGACUUGUCUGCAUGUCCGGGGACAGAAGCCACUACAGUGGCUCCCAGCUCUCUCUUCAAGGUGAUCUAUCACCCUGGAAAGACUGGCAUCAUCUGGAGCAGGGUGCUGACUCUGGUUUGGAAGCCUCCAUAGAGGUCAGCAGUCCCUUUGACCCAUCAACCAUCCCUGGUUUUCCAGAGAACAUCACAAAAUGUCAGGAGGUUGAUUUACAAUUUGAAGGAGAUGAAGAAUUCAUGAUGCUCGACAGAGAAUCUUCUCUGCCACCUAUAACCACCCACAUCAUUCCUCCCAUCACAGAGCGAGAGUCUGUUAUCAAGACAUCCACUCGGCAGUCCAAAGAGGGAUGUAAGGUGACCACAAAAGAAGGCACGAAAGUAUUGUCUAAAGAUGCCCCUAAAGCUGCUGCUAAGGUGACACAUAAACAAACUAAAUUGGCUCCUAAAGAAGAAACCACCAAAAUAUUGCCAAAGGAAAGUCCCAAGGUAACUGCUAAGGUUUCACCUAAAGUGACACCUAAAGCAGCUCUGAAAGAGUCACCUAAAGAUUCACCUAAAGAGAUUCAGAAAUCAGCAGCUAAAGAAACCGCUCAAGCCCUCCCUAAAGACAGUCCUAAACUAACAUCUAAAGACACCACAAAGCCCAUCCUUAAAGAGGUAUCUAAAGUGACAUCUAAGGUAACUUCUAGUGAGGCUGCAAAAGUAGCUCCUAAAGUGGCCCCAAAAGAUAGCCCGAUAAUGACUCCUAAAGAAAGUCCUAAAGAGUCACCUAAAGACAGCCCCAAAAUAACUCCAAUUGAGAGCCCUGCCUCAACCCCUAAAGAAUCACCCAAAGACUCUCCUAAAGAGUCCCCUAAAGUCAUUGCUAAAGAGCCACCACAAGUUGCAUCUAAAGAAGGUCUGAGGGUUGCUGCUAAAGAGGCUCCCAAAGAAGCUGCAAAACUACCCCCAAAAGAGGCCCCAAAAGAGAUGCCGAAAGUAGUAUCUAAGGAGACUAAAGUACCCACUAAAGAAGUUUCUAAAACUCCACCUAAAGAACCUCCGAAGGUAGCCCCUAAAGAGAGUCCUAAGGUGCCCCCAAAAGACUCUCCUAAAGCAGCCACGACAGAAACUCCUAAAGUAGCAGCUAAAGUAGCCUCUAAAGACACCCCUAAGGAAACCCCCAAAGUAGAAAAAUUCCCUGAAUUGGAUGUCAAUCACAGCUUUCACCAGCCCCAGGGUAAGUCUGCAACUAUGUACCGCAGUCAGAGUGAGAUUCGAACAGAGAAGGUUGAGGAGGUUCCUAAGUCUUGGAGCAGCAGGCUCAGCAUAGAUCUCAGUGAGAAGUCCUUUGGAUUUGGUUUUGGCUCUACACUGCAGAGGGCUAAGUCAGCUCUGGAGGUUGUUUGGAAGUCUGGCUCUCAGACUACCCCUGCUCCUCCUGAGGAGCCCACCAACUCCUCUUCAUCAUUUAUGGGGCGCUUCCGCACCAUGUCCACCUCCACUGCAAAUAACUCUAGUACUACAAUAGACUCAGAUGCCUACACGGAGCCUGUCUUCUACAAGGCAGAGGAAGAGACAACAGGAGCAGAAGCAAAAGCUGGUGAACAACCAGUGGACAAUGAGACCCACUAUGUUGAAGUUAUGGAGCAGGUACUAGCUAACUUGGAGAACAGAACUAAUGCUAAUGAGACAGAGGAGACAGAUGAGCCUGCACAGGAGUGUGAGACUUCUCAGGACUAUGAUGUGUCUGUUGACAUUGAGGCAUCUCAAGAUAAUGCUUCUCAGGAUUUUGAGGCUUCUCAAGCUUUUGAAGCUACAGAGGACUAUGAGGCAAGUAAAGAGGCAUGUGUUCUGGAGUAUGAUUGCAGUUUGGAUGAGCAGUAUGAUGAAGAGUACAGUGAGGAUUAUGAAACCCAGCUCACCGAGGACACUGCUGAAUAUGACGCAAUGGUGGAGUAUGUAGAUGUAGAAGAACCGGAUGAGACUGAGGACAAUGAUGUGACAGAGGAGAUGGAAGAGGGUGAUGAGGAGUUAGAGGAGAUAGAUGAGAUAAUAGAAGAGGCCGUGGAGGUGUCUGAAAAAGUGGAGCAACAGCAGGAGGAUGAAAACAAAAAUGUUCCUGAGGAGAAGCCCACAGAGGCCCCACCCAAGAAGCGUGUUCGACCCACAUUCAAAGAAGCAGCACUCAGGGCCUACAGGAAACAGAUGGCUGAACUGGAGCAGCAAAUCCUGGCAGGGGACACCAGUGCUUUGGAUUCUCAGGCUCGCAGUCUUUUGGAUCCCAAAGUGCUGGGCUUGCAGUCUGGAGGGGCUGGCAGUAUUCUUUAUGGUAUUGACAGCAUGCCAGAUUUACGCCGCAAGAGGACAGUGCCUCUUGUCCGAGACCUGGCAGGCAUCUCGUUCGCUCUGGUGAACCGGUCCACCCUGAAUAAUGAGGACCUGAAACUACACGUCUUCAAGAAGACUCUCCAGGCCUUGAUCUACCCAAUUUCAUCCACAACACCCCAUAACUUCGAGGUGUGGACAGCAACUGCACCCACCUACUGCCAUGAGUGUGAGGGGUUGCUGUGGGGCAUUGCCCGUCAGGGCAUGCGCUGCUCAGAGUGUGGUGUUAAAUGUCAUGAGAAGUGCCAGGACCUGCUCAAUGCAGAUUGUUUACAAAGGGCUGUGGAGAAGAGCUCCAAACACGGGGCGGAGGACAAGACCCAGAAUAUCAUCAUGGCUAUGAAGGAGCGCAUGAAGAUAAGGGAGAAGAACCGUCCUGAAGUGUUUGAGGUGAUCCAGGAGAUGUUCCACGUCUCCAAAGAGGACUUCACCAGCCACCUGAAGACAGCCAAGCAGGCUGUGCUCGAUGGGACCUCCAAAUGGUCCGCCAAAAUCAGCAUCACAGUCAUGAGUGCACAGGGCUUACAGGCCAAGGAUAAAACUGGCUCCAGCGAUCCUUACGUAACCGUCCAGGUGGGAAAGACCAAACGCAGGACGAAGACCAUCUUUGGCAACCUCAACCCAGUCUGGGAUGAGAAAUUCAACUUUGAAUGUCACAAUGCCACUGACCGCAUCAAGGUGCGUGUGUGGGAUGAAGACGAUGACAUCAAAUCACGGGUGAAGCAGCACUUCAAGCGUGAGUCAGAUGAUUUCCUGGGCCAGACCAUCAUCGAGGUCCGCACUCUCAGCGGAGAGAUGGAUGUUUGGUACAAUCUAGAUAAGAGGACAGACAAGUCUGCUGUAUCUGGUGCCAUUAGACUCAAGAUCAGCGUGGAGAUGAAAGGGGAGGAGAACGUGGUCCCUCCCCACGGCCAGUAUACCUGUUUACAUGAGAACCUGUUCCACUGCCUGACCGAGGUGAAGAACAACGGGGUAGUGAAGAUCCCGCAGGUGAAAGGGGACGAGGCGUGGAAGGUCUACUUUGACGACGUGUCUCAGGAGAUAGUGGAUGAGUUCGCCAUGAGAUACGGAGUGGAGUCCAUCUAUCAGGCUAUGACGCAUUUCUCCUGUCUGUCCGCCAAGUACAUGUGUCCUGGUGUGCCAGCAGUGAUGAGUAACCUGCUCGCCAAUAUCAAUGCCUACUUCGCCCACACAACCACCACCACCACAACCACUGCCUCCGCUUCUGACCGAUUUGCUGCCUCUAACUUUGGAAGGGAGAAAUUCGUCAAAUUACUGGAUCAGCUGCAUAACUCGCUGAGGAUCGACCUCUCUAAAUACCGGGAUAAUUUCCCUGCAGGAAACCCAGAGCGACUCCAAGAUCUGAAGUCCACUGUUGAUCUGCUGACCAGCAUCACCUUCUUCAGGAUGAAGGUACAAGAGCUCCAGAGUCCACCCAGAGCCAGUAUGGUGGUGAAGGACUGCGUGAAGGCGUGCCUGGACUCCACGUACAAAUACAUUUUUGAUAACUGUCAUGAGCUAUACAAUCAACUCCUCGACCAGAGCCGGAAGCAGGACCUUCCCCGUGAGGAGCAGGGUCCGUCAAUAAAGAACCUGGACUUCUGGCCAAAACUCAUCACUCUCAUGGUGUCUGUAAUCGAUGAGGACCGGACGGCUUACACCCCAGUCAUAAACCAGUUUCCACAGGAGCUGAACGUGGGCAAGAUCAGCGCUGAGAUCACGUGGAGUCUCUUCGCCCUGGAUAUGAAGUAUGCAAUGGAAGAGCAUGACAAGCACCGCCUAUGCAAAAGUACUGAAUACAUGAAUCUUCACUUCAAAGUCAAAUGGUUCCAUAAUGAGUAUGUCCGUGACCUGCCAGCCUUCAAGGAUGUUCCUCCUGAAUAUUCUCUGUGGUUUGAGCCAUUUGUCAUUCAGUGGCUUGAUGAGAACGAGGACGUUGCCAUGGAUUUCCUGAAUGGAGCACUGGAAAGGGACAAGAAAGAUGGAUUUCAGCAAACCUCGGAGCACGCCCUCUUUUCUUGUUCGGUGGUGGAUGUGUUCACUCAACUAAACCAGAGUUUUGAGAUUAUCAAGAAGCUGGAGUGUCCGAACCCACAGGCUCUGGCUCACUUCAUGUGCCGAUUUGCAAAGACUAUCAAUAAAGUUCUUCUGCAAUAUGCUGCGAUCGUAACCAAGGACUUUCCUUUGCAUUUGAGUAAGGAGAAUGUGCCCUGUAUCCUCCUCAACAAUAUUCAGCAGCUCCGUGUUCAGCUGGAGAAGAUGUUUGAGUCCAUGGGAGGCAAACAGGAGGAGGGGGUUGUGUCCUUCUGUAAGCUGGAUGCAGAGGCAAGUGAUCUGCUAAAGGAGCUGCAGAAUAAACUCAACACGGUGCUGGAUGAACUCAGUGGAGUGUUUGGCUCCAGUUUCAAACCUGUGAUCGAGGACUGCGUGAAGCAGAUGAACCAAGAGCUGGUCCAGAUGAAAGGUGUGGCCAAAGGGAGCAACGCUGCCAUGGAUGCAGAGACUGUCCUCCGGCCUCUUAUGGACCUUCUGGAUAAAAAUUUGAUGUUAUUUGCCAAGAUUUGUGAGAAGACAGUGCUGAAACGAGUCCUCAAAGAGCUAUGGAAAAUUGUGCUGAACACCAUCGAGAGAACAAUUGUUCUGCCUCCACUGAGUGACCAGAGUGGCGCUCAGAUGAUCUUCAGUGCUGCCAAGGACUUGGGACAGCUGUCCAAACUGAAGGAGCAUGUAAUUCGAGAAGAAGCCAGAAGUCUGACUCCACGCCAGUGUGCAGCCAUGGACCUUGUGCUUCCCACCAUCAAGCAAUACUUCCAUGCUGGAGGAAACGGGCUGAAGAAAACCUUCCUCGAAAAGAGCCCCGAUAUGAAGUCCCUCAAAUAUGCUCUCAGCCUUUACACUCAACCUACAGAUGCCUUGAUCAAGAAAUAUAUAUGCACCCAAACCUCUCAAGGUCAGUCAUCCAACGGAUCGGUGGGGGAGGUGUCGAUGCAAGUGAAUCUCAUCUCUCACCCUGGCACUGGAGAGCACAAAGUCAGCGUGAAGGUGAUCGCUGUGAACAACCUCAUCUGGCAGACCAAUGCCAUGUUCCGUCCGUUUGUAGAGGUCAACGCCGUGGGACCGCACCUGGCUGACAAGAAGCGCAAAUUCAGCACCAAGACCAAGAAUAACAAUUGGUCACCAAAGUACAAUGAAACAUUCCAGUAUGUUCUGAGUAAUGAACAUGGUCCAGAGGCCUACGAGCUGCAUGUUUCAGUAAAGGACUACUGCUUUGCCCGAGAGGACCGCAUCAUCGGCAUGACAGUCAUCCAGCUCCGGGAGCUGGUGGACAAGGGCAGCUGCUCCGCCUGCUACCCCCUGGUGAAAAGCAUCUCCAUGGACGAAACGGGCCUCACCAUCAUGAGGAUACUCUCUCAAAGGACCAACGACGAGGUGGCCAAAGAGUUUGUGCGUCUCAAGACAGACACACGCUCGACAGAGGAAGUGUCGUAAUGUGCAGCAAAAAAUAAAUGCAGUAUUAACAGAGUUGUGUUGUCUUAAGUGAGCGACAGAGAGAAAGAGAAGGAGGAGAAGGAGAAAGAGAAAGAGCAGUAGCAACAGUUGUUCUUUCGGGAGAGAGGCUGGAAACAGCCUGAGAUUGUCCAAAGAGAAGCAGAGGAGGCCCAAAUGUGGCAAGGCAGUGCGAGAGAGGGAGAGAGAGUUGUGUUUGUUUGUUUGUUUUUGUGCAUGUGCGUAAAACAUCUGUUGGAAUGUUCAUUUUAAAACUACAGUAUGUACAAGUGUUUACUUACCGUAUGCUUACUAUUAAGUACUAUAUUCUACAAGUUAUGUUAACGAGACAUGAAAUACCUUUUGUACAACAUUUAGUCUUUUUGAACAGAGAUUUGUUCCAAUAAAGUGCCAAACCAGUGAAAAAAAAGAACAAAACCAACGUAUAUGAAUUAUGGUGAACUUAGUAUGUUUGAAAUUUGCUCGAUUAAUUUGUCCGGUGUAAGUCAUUUUCUGACCGUGUGGCGUUUUGAUUGUUGCAAAGUCUUUCAUUUUGCACCCUCGUUUUUCGGCUUCACGUUCUUCCACACAGCACUGUUGUGCAUGUCCUCUUCUCGGUCAUGUCUCUCCCAUGAUUCCACAGUGACCACCGAGCAGGGUCCUGUCCCCUUGCCUUCAAACUGUUUGUAUUUUAAGUCGACCUGAAAAUAGACCAUGUUUUUUUAAAUGGCGAUGACUGCUAUGUAAACCUUCAUAGGUGUUUGUAAUUUUAUAACCAUGACAACAAUGACGACAGCCUCCAGUCCUAACAGUCUUAGCAGAAAGGAUGGAAACGUUUUCUUUUUCUUUGGCUUUUUGUUCUUAGUUUUCAGCCAUCGGCUUCCAGCCUUUCUGAAUGACCACUGUGAACAUGAGCUUUGGAAGGCAAGCUUACAUGACAUUGCUGACAGUUUGAUAUUAUUGUUUCAUAUUUUUCCGAUAACUUUGUUCCUGAUAAACUGCCAAAGUUAUAUAAAAUAUUUGUACAAAAGCAAUCCAUUACAUGUAUGAAGAUAUAUAUGUACAUGUGAUCUAUUACUUUUUCAAUGCUUACUAUUUGAUUGUUGAUAGGGUGGUACUAAGAUUUUAUUUUUUUUAUUUCCUGUGAAGCUGUUAACCAAUAUGAAAGUUGCACAUGUUACUUUACACAUUAGUUAUAUCAGCUUCUGUCAUUGGAAUUAUUUUUCUUCAUAAAGGAAAGAGUCUAACAUUUGGUAAAUAUGCAACAUUCCUAUGUAUUGCACUGAUGGCGAAUUGUAUGUCAUGUAAAUAUAUUUAGUGAGAUAUUGUACAAAAGUCUACUUUUCUUCAAUGUGCAUAAAGUAUGUGCAAAUGUGUUAAGACAUCGGGGUCAUUUUGAACAACUGUCCAGUAAGCUUCCCUUUAACACCAGAACGCAAAUAUUUAUCAUUUCUGAGGAUUUCUAUAUUUUAAGCAUCAAGUUCAAGUGAAAUAAUUGGAACUAUUCUGUCAAGUAAUAUUCAUACAAACUUGUUGCACUUUCGUUUUUUGCAUUUUGUGUUAAGAUAUAAUAUAUAUUAAAAAAAAUCAAAAGAAAUCAUCUAAGUUGGGGAACAGUUUGACAAAAUCUGCAUGCAGGUCUGUCGUGUUUAAUCUGAAAUAGUCUUAGUUGGGGUAAAGGAGUUGUAUACAUUAUGACAAAUGUGGUCCGUGUGUGUCCAAAGAAAAAAGAAGCUACAUUCAAUGUGAAAAUUUGUUUUAUUAGAUUGCAGAUCUGUUUGCUCCCAUGGUGCAUAUUUAGGGUAGUGACUAAUACAGGCACCAGAAACUGGAUAUAUUGAAAUAGUACUCCAACACUUUAGCAUGGUACUUCUAUAACACUGUCAGACUCGUCAUGGACAAUUUAUUUUUCUUUUUUAAAAAAAAAAAAAAAAAAAAAGCAAAAUUGAUGUUAUAAAUAUUGUCUUUUUUUCCCUGCAUUCUUCUUCCUUGUCAAAAACCUGUGGCCUUCAUUACCUACAAUGCAACUCGAGUGUCAACAGUUUGGUCAUUCAGGUCUGGUAUUAUUGUAGCGGCUAAAAUAUCCUCCAGUCGCUAACCAGAGGUGGAGAUGAAGUGCUACAGAGGUCUGAUAAACUCACUCCACAACACCAGACUAAUUUUUUUUUCUUUUUUUUUUUUUUUCAAACUUGUUAAUGGUUAGAUGAGAUAUGCCAUUUGAUCUAGUUUAUCAGACUUGGCACAGCUCCCUCUGGAGCCACAGAAGUCUUUAUACAACUUUUCCCAUGUGCAGUAGAACUCCUCAAGACCUGUAAACAGACUUUGAUGGGUUUGAUGCACUUUCCCUUUAAGUGUUACAAACAUCCCAGAAUCCACCAUCAAGCACAUUUUGCACCAUUAAUCAAAUAUUUUACUUUUGUCAAUGUUCUUUCAAUAGGACCAAUUCACUGACCAAUUGUCGAUACUGUAUGUGAGGUUGAACCUGAACACACACAGCCUCAAAAACAACCUUAUUCUAGACUCGCGCUAAAGAGCAUCAUGGUGUUUUAACAUUUAAAGAAUAUCCCUAAAAUUAAAGAAUCAUGGCAGGAUUUUCUGACUGAAAUGAAUGGUAGUGGGUUUCAGAGUGAGCAAUUUCCUCCCCACCUACUGAACAGAAUCUUCCUUGUGGUGUCUGCGCAUGGCAACUUAGCUGCAGAUAUCUGAGACAUUUUUGUCUUUUGAUGCUUAUUCUUUGAAAAACACCUACAGGUACUCCCACAAGAUACUGUAAUGCUUUUGCACUAAACAUGAAGGCUUUGUCAAAGUUUCUCUUUUUUAUGAUUUCAUGGUGUCUGAGAUGAGUGUUUUCAGUUCAGUUAUGCUCUACUUACCGUCAGUUGAUUCGACACCCACAGGAAGAGAUGCACCUCUAUGGCAGGAAAUACUCCAUAAAAACAUGUUACCUGGCAAAACUUUAAUGCCACUUUUUUAUUUAGCCAUCUGUGUUAGCUCAGAGAGCUAAUUACGGGGUAGAUGUGAAACGUAGCCUAGAGGACAACAUUGCAAAGCCCAAUUUAAUGAGUUGAAUGCAAGAAAUUUUCAUUGCAUAUCACACUACAAAAAUGAAAUAACUUGUGCUUCAGAGAUGACUGAAAGAGCUACCAUUCAUCAAAAUCUGAUUAACCUAGCCACAGGCCAUCCCUUGCUCAAAAGCCCACACAGUGUAGCUAAUCACCUGGAAACAGGAUAGAACAGGGCCAGACAAAGUAAGUCCAUUUGUCAGUGUCACCCUUUUGUCUUUUUCGUAGUCUUGUAGUCCAGUUGUAUUGUAAAGGAGUGAGGGACAGAAAGAAAAUGAGAGAUAUCAAGAGGUCGACAUAAAAGAACAAGUGGCAGAGAAAAAUGAAGAUAUGGAGAAACUUUAGAAUAAGGUAAAGACAUACAGACAGUAAGGAAGUUUAAAUGAGAGGACACAUGGGAGAUAUCUUUAGUCCUGAGAUAAACUGCUUUUUGAGAUGAAUGAAAUUCUUUCACACAGAAGUGAUGACACUGGUUACAUUCAACAAGUAGCAUGUUUCCGCACAGGGAUUUUAUUACUAUUUGUUCAUGAUACAUUUGUGGCAUUUAUAUGAGUUGUGUGUAUUUCAGCUAGUGUUUCUGCGCUGUUAAUUGUACUUUCAACAUCUUUUAAUAGACAAGAACCAAAGUGUACAGAUACCUGUAAACAGACUCUGUUCACAGCAGGCAUUCUGGCAUGUCAGCCACGAAAAAAAAAAAAACCUUAAAAACAACAAGUCUCUCUCACACACACUUUUCUACUCAUGGUAACACACCUGCAAAUGGAGUCAAACCAAUGAUUAACCAGCUUUAAGCUCAAAAACCUUACAGCAAUAGUUAAACGUUUUGUGAAAUAUGCUUUCCUUCAUGAGUAAGAGAGGAUUGAUACUGCAUUAGCUUAGCUUAGCAAAAGGCUGGAAACAAGGGAAGAUAGUCUGGCUGUGUCCAAAGGUCCUAACUAAUCUAACAGUACUGCUAAAACUUCAAAUCAAAACCCAAAGUGCAAACCCCUAGCCUGACAGAGCCAGGCCAACUUUUCUCCUGUUUGCAGCUAACCGGCAAACUAACCAUCUCCUGGCUGUAGCUUGGUUAGCAUACAGAUAAGAAAGUGGUAACACUAUUCUCAUCUAACUCAAAGUUCAGUAAGUAUAUGUCAUAAAAUGUCAAGACUAUUCUUUUAACCUCCUAAGACCCGAGCUCUAUUCUUUGCUAUAUAGGCUGAUUGGGACCUGAGAAAAAUGAUGUCCACAUAUGAGGACAUUAGUUUUAAAUUUCGAUUACUGAGUGGCAGUAUAAUAUCCUCAUAUGUGGUCACCAGGCCCUCGUUGAGAAAAAGUUAGUAUUGUGGGCUAGAGAACCCAAAAUGUGAGGUCCACAUAUGUGGACGCCAGGUCCUAGGAGGUUAAGGCAUAUUUUACAAUUUUGUUAUUUUUGAUUCAAGGACACCUUCCACCAACAACCAUACCUCAUGGGAAUUAUUUUGCAAAUCAAUAACAUUACUUGGAAAUCAACAUGAUUACAUGCACAGGUUGUAUAUGGCAAUCAAUGCCAUGACAUAUUAAAGUAGCUAAUACUUCAGCUAAUGCAACAGAUACAGUAUAAUAGAUAAUGAUGUUCCCACUUCAACUGACAAAGUGUGUAGAAUUUUUUUUAAUUUUCUGUUAUUUUCUUUUCCUUUGCCAAUUAUUCCAGUCACAUCAGCUCAUUUCCUCACCACAUAGUUAAAGAUUGUGGAAGCAGGAAGUCAAAAGAGGAAAGCAUGCCCAAAAGAGCAAAAAGUGGCAAGGGGGAGGGAAACACUGUCACUCUCACUCAUGGUUUCCCAGAAGAAAGGGGAAACAGAGAAACUAACCUGACUCAUCCUACAGUAGAGCUGCCAAGAUACAAAAUUACAUCAACCUUGACCUCUCAUUUGCAUAAUAUCAACUCCUCCAGGAUUUUUUAGUCAUCAUCUACAGAACAUUUCAAAGGACAAACUGAUGGUGGGAAAAUUCUGAUCGCUGGUAAUUUAUGGCAAGGUGACGACCACGUUGUUAAACUCAUGGUCUGAGUGUGUAUGUGUGUUUGUACACACAGGAGAAGCAGCCAACCUAGGCUGCUGAUUUCUCUUCACGAUGAUACUUUGGAUUAAUUUACUAAAAUAAAGCCUAGAUGAAUUCC